AUGGCCGACCCAAAUGAAAGUGGCUUGUCGAAAAGUGUGGAAAUAGGCGGAAUUUCGGACAAAUUGGAUUCCAUGAAAUUAUCGAAAUCAAAACUGACAUUUACCGAUCUGCCAAUGGAUGCCCUCUACGAAUGUUUCAAACAAUUGGAUUAUCUGGAGAGAAUGCCGCUUCGAAAAGUGUGCCGAAAGUUCAAAAAUGCGGUCGAUGGGAUGGAUCCCGGAUUCAAGAAGAUCCGCAUUUGUAUUUAUGAACCGGAAGCGUUUGAUGUCGAGUUUGACUCGAACCUGUUCUAUUUUGUGAAGGAAUCCGGCAAUGCCACUCAUUAUUCAAAAUUCAACCCUCGAAAGAUGCUUAAAUGGAAGUUCGGUAAUGGAGAAGAUUCAUUGGAAGUUGUUAUGAAGUUCGUGACGAAGAUGAUGAGUGAGUCACCCGAAAGCGAAGUUGGAGAUUUUCCAAAUUUAUCUCGGCGAAUCUUGUGCGCCUUAUGAAGACUUCUCCAAAUACUGCUGCAAACUAAUCGAAAGAAUUCUAAAACAAUCGGCCUAUCCAAAUUUAAAAAAGAUUCAUUUGUUCGGUCUCAACUCUCGUCAAACUCCAUCGAUUCUCCGUCAUUUCAAGCCAGGAAAAUUGGAAUUUCUCUGGUCAGAUUCAUUUAAUGCAGAAACAAUGAAGGAAAUGUAUAAAUUGGAUCAAUGGAAAAUGGCAAAAUCGGUUGAAAUUUCCUAACUUUUUUUCAAAAAUCCGUUCAAAAAGUUUGAGCAAUUUGAAAAUAUCAAAAUCCGUGAUCAAUGUGCUCCUGGAAUACCGUCGACGUUUGGCUAUUUAUGGAAUUAUCAUCGCUAUGCCAAAUUGGUUACUGUUGGAAAGGCUGUUGAAAUCAAAAAUUGCCUCAUGAAGUCCACAAAUUUCAAAAAAUGGGAAUUCUGCAUGGGUAUGAGUUUGGACGCUGCGAGAGUUUUCGAUCCGAAUGCCUCUGGAUUCGAAAUUUCCCGAGAUGGAGGAGUUAAGGGAACUAUUCGCUGUCUCUUCAAAGGGCAUAGCGUCAAAAUCGACUUUAGCCCCUGGAAGUUCGAGAUCACCAAGGAAUAA